CGCAGAUUCAUUUAGUGUUUGGACUUGCCAAUAACCCAUGUCUGUCAAUCUCAACUGCUGGGUACUUGGCGAUGGGACUGGCCAAGUGUUCUCGGUCAAAAUUGCAAGUACAGAGUCUGUCAUUGCCCUCAAGGAAGCAAUCAAAGACAAGAAGAAGGUCGCUCUCCAACACAUUGACGCAGAUGCCCUCACACUCUGGAAGGUUUCCAUCCCAGUCGACGACGGUUUCGAGGAGAAGGUUAAACUUCAAAACGAACUAUUGCCUGUGAAGAGAUUGUCCCGCCUUUUCCCGAAUCAACCUGACGAUCAAGACCUACACAUCGUUGUUCAAUUCCCGCGUGAUUUGCCACAAUUAGAUCCUCUUAUUCUCGAACUGUACUGUCUCGUUCGUGGCGAUGACGCCAACCAUAUCUUUCCGGUCAAAAUUGCGAGUACAGAGUCUGUCGGCACCCUCAAGGAGAUCGUUAAGGAGAAGAAGAAGCCCGCACUCGAUCACAUUCCAGCAGACACCCUCACACUCUGGAGGGUUUCCAUCCCGGUCGAUAACAGUUUCAAGGAGAAUGUGAAUAAGGUUGAACUUAAAGACGAGGAAAAGCUAUCACCUGUCCAUCAAUUGUCCUCCAUUUUUCCCGAUCCACCGGCCCAACGUCAUCUACACAUUAUUAUCAAGUUUCCGCCCGGCAAGUCUAUAUCAUCCACUAGUCAACGUCCCCUAUUAUAUCAAGGCGACCGCGUCGCCGAAGCCCGCAAGGCGUGGGGUUCAUCCGUUUCACAAGAGGCCCCUUCCUCAGGGGGCCUACCCAAAAAGUUUGUUGCCAUCCAGAAAAAGGAAAAACCUGCGUUUGCGUUUAAUCGCCCCCCAACCGCCGCCGCGACGAUACCCAUCUCACUAUAUCAUCCCAUAUUCGGCCAGUUCCAAGAUGACUGUAAAACUUAUACACCCACCAAGAAAGACCAUGAUUUCGCUUUAAAGUUCUCCCAUUCUAUGUCAAAUAUUUACGCCAACGAAGGGGACAGGGCUGACCAAGCUCGAAAAGAUUUCGCAAGCUAUGGUCUCGACUUUUUGCCCACCGGAAUUGGCAAGUAUUUUACUGAUGGAGAUCUUCGCUACAAGGGCUUUUGCUUUGCACUCAUCGAGGCCAAGGCAGAGCUUUCCACCGGCGGUGCUGAGCCUCUUUUCGAGGCUGCCUGGUACUAUAGUGCCUUCAUAAGGAACCACUUUGACGAAACCCGUUCGCGUCUCCCUUGCUUUAUCCUCUACCUUGCUGGUGCCCACAUUGGCUUUGCCGGUCCUAGCCCCACGUUGCCGCUCUUCUAUCAUGCAUCCAACGUCGAUAUGCGCAUGCAAGCUGCCCGUUUUUUUGGUGCAACAAAAAACGCGAUUCUCGCGUUGAAUAGCUACUACGAAUCCGAACUUCCACGUAUAACCCCUAACCCGAUCAUUACGUUUCCGUAUCCUACCGACUUCGAUUCCCCGCGCAGUAGCACAAAGUACCCAUUUGAAUACUCAUCGCAGCUUGACGAGAAGAGACUCCUAUUUUCCGGCACUAUCGGUGAUGAGAAAAUAUUCAUCAAGUUCACCCACCGAUACUCCGAGGAUGCACAUCUCGCAUGCUUCUUGCUUGGUUGUGCACCUGCUUUGAAGAGGUGUCAGCCCAUUGCGGGUGGAUGGUAUAUGGUUGUCAUGGCUUUAAUCGGGGAUGAUUAUCAUGAAUUGCGGCAUUCAGAGAUGAAAGCCUUGUUCAAAGACGAAAUCGAACAGAAGGUGCAGGCUCUCCACCAACAAGCAUUUGUGCAUGGUGAUAUUCGAACCACCAACGUCAUGGUGCGGAAAGACGGUAAGCCUGGAAUUCUACUAGUCGACUUUGACUGGGCAGGUAAAAUUGAGGAAGUGCGAUAUCCAAUGAAUGUGAAUAAUGUUGAUAUCAAGCGACCUACAGGGGCAGUUGAUGGUGAGCUUAUUAAGCCCGACCAUGAUAUUGAUAUGAUAAAGUAUAUGUUUCAAUGAAUUUGUUAAUUGAUAACACCCCACCUGGAUCACACCCUCU